AUGAAUGGAAAUUCCCUCAGUGAGGAAACAAUAAUUGCAAUUUCAAACAAUUGUAAAAAACUCAAACGUUUAGAAAUUUAUGAAUGCAGUAUAAAACCAGCUAUUGAUGGUGAGCCACUUUCUUCUCCAUCUGUUUUAAAAGAGUUAUCAAAAUUAAAAUAUCUUGAACAUCUAAACUUGAGAGAUACAGAAAAUAUUGACGAUAAUACAAUUAUUGCUAUUGCUAAUAAUUGUAAGAACCUUAAAAGUUUAGAUAUCUAUGGUACCAGUGAUAAUGUUACUGAAACAGCUCUAGUUGCCCUAACAAACUUAAAAAAUUUUGAAAAACUAAACGUAGGCUUUAGUCAUAUUUCAGACAGCUUCAUUAUCAAAUUGAAAGGAUUGAAAGAAUUGUAUUGCGAUGAAUGCAUGGAACUUACUGAUGCUGGUAUUAUUCAAGUUAUAAAAAAUAACCCAGAUCUUGAGAUUCUUGAUGUCUGUUCUAUUGAUAAUAUUACACUUGACUUGGUUAUUGGUGCUGAUCAGGCAACUAAAAAUCACAGCUUCAUGAUCAAAUUAAAAGGCUUAAAAGAAUUGGAUUGUUAUCAUUGCCGGAAACUUACUAAUUCUGGUGUUAUUCAAUUUAUAAAAAAUAAUCCAGAUCUUGAAAAGAUUGAUGUCCGAGGUAUUGAUAAUAUUACAACUGACUUGGUUAUUGCUGCUGAUAGGGCAACUAAAAUUCGUACAAAUGCUAUCAUUUUACACCUAAUAAUAAGUCAAUCGGUAAUAAGACCAUCCUCUACUAAGCCGAUAAUUGAAUCUCCAUAG